AAAGUGCAAAAGUGAUUAGCAUUGUGCGAUUCUGCAAUACACCCCUGGGUUAAGUAAUAAAAUCAACGAAACGUAUGAAACACUCAUCCCGGCAGUAGCUGAUAGGUUUCCAUGUAUCGGUUCGAAAGGCACGAGAUUGUCUCUUGAAAUUACUGGCUGCUGUUUGAGGGGCUCAUACCGUUCGGAUUGCUGAUCCAUUCUGCUUAUCAGCAGCGAAGAAAUCACCAACAGCAGUGAAUGAAACGUAAAACAGGCAACUUCGUUGCGCGAUAUUGAUAAAGCAGGGCAUGAAAUAACCUGCAACAACAUCGUGCAUCACCCGCAAACAAGGAGGUUUGAAAGUGUUUUAACAUGGGAACUACACACAGCAGUAGCAACGGGAAAGGAUCCGGCUCAAACAGUCCUUCCAAGACGAAGGGAUACGCUGGUGCUAGUGAACCGAAACAACCGAUUGGUGGCAAUGGUGCUGCAGGUGCACCUGGCGCAAUGGCACGUGGUAUGACACGCACUGCCAGCGGAGCGGACAUACAGGACCGUGCCCAAACACAAUUCCAACCAGUGGAUAAGCUUGGUCGCAUACUAGCGAAAAAGUGUGAAGAACUGCACGGAAUCCACGGCGUUACGGGAGAUGUAUUUGCGCGCUACGUGUUUCCAAAGUAUCCUGAUCUCGGGCUGAAGCUUUUUCGCUACCUUCGCUUCAUGAGCCACGCGAAAACGGAACACCUGGGAUUGGUUGCUUUCCGGCAGCAGUGUGAAAGAUUUCUUGCCCUACUGGAUGAUUCGAUUAUUUUGGAAAACUAUGUGCGCAUGUUUGGUGAUCUGAACGAGAGUGAAUUGAUCAAGCCGGAAAAUUUAAAAAAUCUGCUACGCACCUGCUACAAUCUCGCGAUGGCACACUAUUCUGAUGGACCACAAACUUGUCGAUUGCUUAAUCGAACGCUCGAUUCUGUGGUGCAGUCGUGUUUCUUUUCCAAGGAAUCGCUCAGCCCGGGCUAUAUUUGCCGCUGGUUAGAAAACAAUGUGCCCCGUCUAGUGCCGCCAAUUCACAAGUACUGUGUGCAUGCCCUCAGCACCUCCCAUCGGACAAUCAUGGACAACAGUAUGGUGAGCAACAGUGAAACGGUCGUGUCGAUCAGUGCCAUCAACGCGGGCGAAGCAAGCUACGGGCUUGAGCUGCAAACACCCAUACUGGAGAAAACUAAUCCGUUCGGAAAGGAACUGGGAGGAGCUGGAAGCGCUGGUGGUGGAAUCGGUGGUGCAAGUAUGCCACGAGAACCAGGCAAACCGCUUACGGCGGAUGAACGUGAGCGGUUGAAAAACCAGCAACCGCUGUUGCCUCUAUCGGAGGCUUGGCUGUUGGCUGGAUCGCUUCCUCCACUGUACAGCAAACCUCAGUCCGUGGCGGCACCGAUAAAUCCCAAUUCGGCUAACUUAACAUCGCAUAUUUUCUUGGCAAAACUUUUGUCCCUCGUACCCUCCCACUGGACGUCGCUGUACGAUUCGAGACUGGAUGGGGCGGGAACGAAUCGAUUUUUGCAUCACGUGCUUGGCUACCGUGGACCGAACCUGAUCCUGUUUCGAUGCGAAGACGAUCUGCUGUUUUGUGUGGCGAAUCCGAAUGAAUGGCGCGAAACGCAUCUGUACAUCGGGGACGAAGGAAGUUGCUGCUUACAGUUGCUGCCAAAAUUUCAAAUGUUAGAAAAGAAACCGAAAAGCCUCUACCUGAAUACGCACAUUCGGGGCUAUCCGAAGGGCCUUCGAGCUGGAUCGGAUCCACGUAAACCAAUCUUGAUCGUUGAUGAGCACUUCGAGCGACUUGAAUAUCGUUCGCUACACCACAAAAUCCUUUCGAUUGAGGUGUGGGGAUGUGGCAAUCAGCAGCAGCGAGACGUUCAGCUUGAUAUUAAGAAGUGGCAGGUGAAGGAAGCGGAACGGCAGCGAACGGUGAAGAUGACUGCUGCCGACUGGAUGGAUCAUCCCGAUCGUUAUCUGCUCGAGCUCGGUGGCCGUCAAAAUUAUAACAACUCAUCCACGUAAUCGGUCCAACCGUUGGUGCGGGUAGCCGAUGCAGUACUGCGACAAGUAUAUGCCGGAAGCUAAAGGAAACGACAGGUCGUUACUAUCAACCUUUCAGGAAGGUAUUCAUCAAAAUCCAUUUCGGUGCAAAUGGAAUGGUACGGAUUUCAAAGUAGUCUAGUGAGACUAUCCCGCCCUUUGACGUUAGAUGGAAUAUGCGAGAACGAUGCUGUACUUACGGUUUUAAAUGAGUGUUUUUGCCUUAUUCAUAUUCAUAAGCACCCUUCAGCUAUGGGAAGCAAUGUGGCACAUAACUUAGUAAUCAGAUUUCAACCCGUUGGCAUUGGUUUGGAGAAAACUUAAAAAGAAAAACACGUCACGAAAAAAAUGAUAGUGAUACAACAGGACAAAGAACAUUAAGCCAUGGAGACUGCUUUUGAUCUAUUCCUACUGCUAGCUUAGGAUUGUUAUUUUAAUAUGUUUUGUUUGUUUUACAUGGUGCUAAAUGAAAAAAGCGAUCAUUUCUACGUGCCGUUUUUUGAUAGAACCGAACAUUGUCGGACACAUUUUUUUUGUUGAACAUGUGUACUUACAUCAUUAGCAUUAUUAGCUUUGCUGCCUUACAAUCGAAGGAUGAUUUAUAAUGCUUGAGGGGGGUUUUUUUGUACACCUUCACGGCAGUGUCUAGUAUUGGAACGGUACCUAUUAUUAGGUGCAAUACAUACAGAAUCGUUAUUUAAUAAUGUUAUGAAAAUCCGCACGAAUGCUUAGUGCAUCCUUGGCAGACGUGUUUCUAUUUGUUUCCAGAUUGUUUCGUAGGGCGAAAUAACCAAAAUUAUCACAGUCUAUGGGAAAUGUUGCAUAAGGUAGACAAUAAUAACAACACUUUGACCAUUUUAAGUAUUUCUUACAAAAGUAAUGUUACUUAUUGAUUUAGCUGUGAAUAGUGUCUUAUAAGAGAAAGUGAUACAUGAAUAAAGCGGAAAGAAACCCCUUAA